GGCCAUCCCGGGAGCCACGGCCAGCCCCUCCCUCCUCCCCCACCACAGCAGCGCCGGAGGGGCCGUGCCGGCUUGGGGGGGGGAGCGGAAAAAAAAGGGCAGUUCCCAGGAAAUCGGUUCAUGACCGAGCGAGUGCCGCGGCGGGACGGCUGAGGCCCGGAUUCCCCCCCGGAGCCGUUUCGCCGGUGCCGGGAUGCGGCUGCCGGUGCUCCUGUGCCUGGCGGCGCUGGCGGCGCUGGCCAGCGGCGGGCAGUCCCCGCUACAGCGGCGAGUGCUGCGGGAGCUGCUGGAGCAGUUCCACGGCCGCAGCAACGUCCAGUUCCUGUUCAAGGAGCAGGCGGUGGAGGGGGUGGAGAGGGAGGACUCCUCGGGAACGUUUGUCCAGCUGCGGGUCAGCCUGGUGCAGACGUCCUGCAGCAAGCGGGCACAGCGCCGGCACAACUGCCGCCUCGUGGAGAGCCGGCGCAAGCCUGUCUGCCUGGCAUGCUACAAGUUUGACCGCAGUGAUGUCUCCAAGGUGCUGGACAAGUACUACAACUGUGGCCCCAGCCACCACCUCGCAGCCAAGGAGAUCAAGCACCGUGACGAGGCCGAGUGCAGGGCAGUGGAGGAGGCUGGCAGGGAUGGGGAUGGCUUCUACCUCCCUGGCAUGUUUGCCUUCUCCAAGGGGUUGCCACCAUAAGUGGCCAUCACCAGCCGGGCACAUGCCAGGGACACAUGGAUGCCCCCUGCUCACAGCCGUCCAGCAGCCCUUGCAAGGGACCAGCUUGGUCCCCUCCUCCGCUUGCUGCCCCCCAAGCUUGGCAUCACCAAAGGGUGGACCCCCCCAGUACCACCCCGCAGGGGCUCACCCCUAAACCUCAGCUCACCAGUAAACUUCUGCUCACCAGUAAA